AUGGCGACCUCAUCACCACGACUGCUUGGGCCGCCACCUGAGCUUCGCUGCAUGAUCUACGAGUACAUACUCAGCGGCUAUCAGCUCCGCCUGAAAACACACAUGCCACCUGCAGAUUGGCGAACUCUCACGCCAGCGAAGCUGUUCAUGUCUCCAACAGCCUUGAUCGCAACGAACAGCAAGCUUCGCCGUGAAGUCCAGGACAUGCUACCCAAGUAUCCGCCGCCUCCGCCACAAAUGCUAGUGGGCAAGCCAAUCAAGGUGACGGUACUGGACAUGCACUUCGGCAACCUCAUACUCUACGCUCAGUUCGCACGAUCACUGCGCUACUUCAGGUGGGGACCAACUCCACUCCUUCGACUCAACAUCACCCUUGUUUUCCGAAGGUUCGAUGUGGAUGGUUAUCAACCAAGACUGGAAAGGUGGCUAGAGUGCUGCAAGAGUAUGGGCAUAUGUGCAACCUACCAUGCGGACACUGGGAACUCGCAGCCGCUGAUGUUUCCUGCCGUGUGGUGGGGUGCGUCUCUUGAAACCAGCACCAGAGCCUACGAGGGAGCGAAAGUACGCAGAGCGCUUGGGCUUUUGCUCGAGACAUUGUCACAGUGA